GGUCAGAUGUCGUCGACCCGCAGUCCCAGUAUCAAACCUCCGAAGCUGUCUCCUUCCUCCACUCCUGCUACCACGCCAGGGCCACGCCACCCUGCUCGCACGCACAGGCACUCGAGCUGGGGUCCAUCCCCUAGUACCGUAUUAUCCUAGCACGGUAGCACCCCAUGGGCUUGGGCCCGAGGUGGUCGCCGUGGGCGGCGUGGCCGUUCUCUCCUCGAUCUCGCAAGGGAGGCGGAGGGGGAUGGGGAUGGGGAUUGGGAGGGCUGAAGGCCAUCGGGUGGAUCUUCUUCGUCGGCGUCUCCUUCCGUCUGCUCUGCUCCUUAUCUUCCUCCUUGUCUCUGCCGCCGGAGACCCUGGAAGGAAACUGUGAUCUUUUCAAUGGAGAAUGGCUACCAAAUCCCUCUGGCCCAGCGUAUACAAAUUCAAGUUGUCGAUUUAUUGAUGAUCACCAAAAUUGCAUGAUGAAUGGUAGAUCAGACACUGGAUAUCUUCACUGGAGGUGGAAACCUUAUGAAUGUGAUUUGCAACCGUUUGAUGAAAUUAGAUUUCUAGGUGCUAUGAGGAACAAAGCAUGGGGCCUUAUUGGUGACUCCAUUCUUCGUAACCAAGUUCAGUCAUUGAUAUGCCUUCUGUCUAAGGCUGACGAACCUGUCGAGGUCUACCACGAUAAAGAAUUCAAAAAUAGGAGAUGGCACUUCCAAUCAUACAACUUCACCGUGUCCCUCGUUUGGGCUCCCUUCCUCGUCAAAUCAGAGGUUUUUGAAAAUGAGAAUGGCGAGUCCACGUCUGAGAUCCAGCUUCACCUUGACAUACUUGAACCAACCUGGAUAAGUCAGUACGAGAGGUUUGACUAUGUUGUGAUUGCCGGUGGACAAUGGUUUCUCAAGACUGCGGUUUACUGGGAGAAUGGUAAGGUGUUAGGCUGUCAUCAUUGCCAGGACAAGAACCUAACUGAAGUUGGGUUUGAGCACCUGUAUCGCAGGACUUUACAAGAGGUACUUGGAUUCAUCUCCUCGGCACACCAUAAGCCAGUUGUUCUCUUCAGAACUUGGGCGCCUGACCACUUUGAGAAUGGCGAGUGGUUCAGCGGUGGAACCUGUAAUAGGGUAUUGCCUUACAAGAAGGGAGAGUACAGCGGGAAAUACAUGGAGCAUGUGAUGAGGGGGAUUGAGCUGGAGGAGUUCAACAAGGCUGUAACGGCGGCCAAUAGUUCAAGGGAUGUGGUGAAACUGAAGCUCUUGGACACUUACAGCAUUUCGUCCAUGAGACCUGACGGCCAUGCUGGUCCUUACAGGAUGUUCCAUCCAUUUGAGGAUGGCUCGUCGGUUCAGAAUGAUUGCCUGCAUUGGUGCGUGCCAGGGCCCAUCGACGCCUGGAACGAUCUGAUUAUGAAGUUGGUUCUCAACUGACGAAACACCUCUAGAUCUCGCGCUCCUUGUUGAUCAAGAGUUGUAGGUCUGGUUGUGGGGAACCUCGAUUCAGGGUUUAGUUCCUGGCAUGCUAGUGUGAUAUGAUUCUAGUUUAGCAGGAAGUAGUAGUGAAGAAUAUGCAAGUGUGUACAUUAUAGUUUGGAUGGAGGUGUGAACAGGCCACUCGUUCUUGGAUGUGGCUGGUUAGCACAUCUUGUCUUUCUGAGAAAUGUCGAUGCGUUUGGAUGCA